UCCCCGGGUUUGAAAAGGCCCUGUGGUCUCUACACGUGAUGUCGCUAUUAUUAUCGCGCGUUCCUGGUGCCAUGUCAGCCUAGCGAUCCCUCCAUUGCUCUACCAUCAGCAUCCUUUCCUUGUCCCUAACAUCAACCCCUUCCAAGUCUUGUCAGACAUCCCUACACACCUUCGCAACCCCACAUACCUACUCAUCCCUCAUGCGCGCCUCACUCAUCCUUUCCGUGGGCGCUAUCCUGCUCUCCUCUUUGGCGGCGCACUCUGACGCCCAGCAAGUGUGCAACGGCUAUGCGGAGCUGUGCUCCAAGACGUUCGACAAGGUGUCGUAUGCCACCACCCAUAAUGCCUAUGCCUACACUCCUCCUGGCGGGCUGGCCACCAACCAAAAUAACGACAUCCCGACUCAAUUGAAGGACGGCAUCAGGGCGUUUAUGCUCGAUGCCUAUCCCACACCAUCGGGCAAUGCAAAAGACAUUGAGCUGUGUCACAGCAUGUGUACUUUGCUCGAUGCUGGCCCGUUAUCCAAGGUUCUUCAACAGAUCAAGACCUUCAUGGAUGCCAACCCCAACGAGAUUAUUACGAUUUUAUGGGAGAACGCCGGAAACCUCAAGCCCGCGCAAUUCCAGGCGGCGUAUGCGGCUGCUGGGCUCGAUAAGUACGCGUACACGCAGACAGCUAGUGCUAAAACAUGGCCCACACUCGCUCAGAUGAUCUCGAGCGGAAAACGGAUGGUUAACUUUAUUGACGGCGGUGCGGAUGCUACUGUGCCAUGGCUCAUGGCCGAAUACUCGUUCGUGUUCGAAACACCCUGGCAAAUUCCAAAGGGUUCCGCAUACCCUUGCACGGUGGACCGUCCCAAGAACCAGCGCAAGCAGAUGUAUGUCUUGAAUCAUUUUAUUUCGGGACAGUUCCCACUCCAAGGUCUAACAGUGGACAUGCCCCAACCAGGCGCAGCGAAUGUUACCAAUGGAGCGGAACUGACCAACCAUGCGAAGGACUGUCAGAAAACUUUCAACCAGCUCCCCAAUUUUGUUGCCGUCGACUUUUAUGAAAAGGGCAACUUGUUGCAAACCGUCGCGGAGCUCAACAACGUCAAAUGGAACAACCAACAACCUACUGCUGCUUCCAUUGCCGGAACCGGUACUGGAUCUGGAUCUGGAUCUGGAUCGGGUUCUGGAAGCGGAAACGGAGCUUCGUCUGACUGGAAACAUUUGAGUAAGAUGACCCUUGGAGCUGCUGCUUUAGCAGGAGGCAUUGGAAUGAUGGUCCUUUAAGAUCGAGUAGAACAGGCCCUCGUAUCUAAUAAAGAUAAUAAAAAUUUCAGUUGGCAGGCUAUGCUGGAAUGAUCUGU